AUGACUACCGCACCGGUCACAGAGCUCAUGAGUCCAUCCAACACUCGCGUGGGCUGGAUUGGCACAAGCAUAAUGGAGCGUUAUAUGUGCGGUCACUUACUCAAAGCCGGCUAUACAGUCACCAUCUUCAACCGCACCAUCGCCAAAGCUCAACCACUCCUCGACAUGGGAGCUCACCUCAUUGAUUCCCCCCAGGCCGUCGCCUCUGAAUCCGACGUCGUCUUCUCCAUCGUCGGAUACCCCUCCGAUGUUCGCCACGUCAUCCUUCACCCCGCCUCCGGCGUCCUUUCUGGCCUCCGUCCUGGCGGAAUUAUGGUGGACAUGACCACAUCUGAACCUUCACUCGCCUGCGAGAUAUCCGUCGCAGCCUCCUCCAAAAACUGCUCCGCAAUCAAUGCCCCUGUCUCUGGCAGAUAUCGCGGUGCCAAAAACGGGGCUGUUGUGGGGUGGUAA